AGAGUUUACGACUGUGAGUGUUGUGUUCAGUGGUGUUUGUGAAGUGCAAAUGGAAUAAUUGUAAAUAUUGGUGUGACUCCUGAGUGCGCAAAUGAUAUAACUUUACGGGAUUUUACUUAUCAGUUCGACAGUGACUAUGGGUAAGCUCUCCCGGGCGCCCCUUGGCCAUGAAGACGUGUGUGCGCCGCGCCCGGCCGCCCACGCCACGGUCCUCCCCGCCCACUGCCACCGCCACCGCCCUCUGGAUAUGGCUGCUGUGCGCUGCGCUGGCGGUGGGCGCGUGGGCGGACAACGCCGCCACGCACGGGCGGAGCGAGGACUGGACCGAGGAGGCUGAGCCCACGGAGCCCGCCGACCCCUGCCCCAUGUGCGACAUCACGCAGCUCCCGGAGGACUCGGUGUCGGCUCGGGACCCGCCCGUCAAGGUGGUGUGCCACGACCAGCUCCUCAUCACCUCCUUCCAGGACAUCUGGCCGCACUGCCUCCCGCCCACCACCAAGCAGCUGUAA